UAGAAGACCAGCUCAGACGGUCAUAGUUGUUUGUGAUAGCAGAGUGAAGAUGUUUGCUAGCAAGCUGCUAAAACGGCACGUUUUGGAACUUAAACAUGUCUGUGGCGGACGACAAGCGUUUUCUUCUGGGAUUACAAGCAAACAACGGAGCCAAAUGGAGAAUCUUGAAAGCCACACCUCUCAAACCCGGCUAGAGACUUCUAGCGCCAAGACCAUGAUGGACAUCGGGACGCGCCGAAUAUUCAACGAAGACCACGACAUUUUCAGGAAGAGCGUCAGACGGUUCUUCCAAGAAGAAGUGGUUCCACACCACAAGGACUGGGAGAAGGCGGGGCAGGUGAGCAGGGAGUUGUGGGAGAAAGCUGGAGAGCAAGGCCUGUUGGGGGUGAUGAUACCAGAGGAGCACGGAGGCAUAGGAGGAGACGUGUUCUCCGCCGCCAUCACAUGGGAGGAGCAAAUGUACUGCAACUGCACUGGCCCGGGUUUCGCCCUACACUCUGACAUCGUCAUGCCCUACAUUAUCAACUAUGGGAGCAAAGAGCAAAUUGAGCGCUUUAUUCCCAACAUGACUGCCGGGAAGUGCAUCGGGGCGAUUGCCAUGACAGAGCCUGGCGCAGGCAGUGAUCUUCAGGGUGUGAGGACGUACGCCAAGAAGGACGGAAGUGAUUGGAUCCUAAAUGGCAACAAGGUUUUCAUCACAAACGGUUGGAUGGCUGACUUGGUGGUGGUGGUAACCGUGACAAACCGCGAGGCGAAGACAGCAGCACAUGGGAUCAGUCUGUUCCUGGUGGAAGAUGGCAUGAAGGGCUUCCAGAAAGGCCGUAAGCUUGACAAGAUUGGUCUGAAGGCACAGGACACAGCAGAGCUGUUCUUUGAGGAUGUGCGUCUCCCAGCCACGGCUCUCCUGGGUGAACUCAACAAAGGUUUCUACUACCUAAUGAAUGAACUUCCUCAGGAGCGUCUAUUAAUUGCCGACAUGGCCAUAGCGAGCUGUGAGUUCAUGUUCGAGGAAACCAGAAACUACGUGUUGCAGCGGAAAGCGUUCGGCAAAACCAUCGCCCACUUGCAGACUGUGCAGCACAAACUGGCUGAACUGAAGACCGAGAUCUGCGUGGGACGGUCUUUUGUGGAUAACUGCCUUCUUCUCCUUGCUGAAAAACGUCUGGAUCCAUCCACAGCCUCCAUGGCCAAGUUUUGGGCAUCUGAGCUUCAGAACAAAGUGGCCACUCAGUGCCUGCAGCUUCACGGAGGCUGGGGAUACAUGUUGGAAUAUCCAAUCGCCAAGGCAUUCGUGGACUCCCGUGUUCAGCCCAUCUACGGAGGAACCAAUGAGAUCAUGAAGGAGCUCAUCGCACGCAGCAUCGUCAGCCAGAAAUGAGGACAUGAGGGGUGGAGUAAUAGAAAAAAAAACAGUUUGAUUAGGUUUGAUUUUUCAUUUUGUGAAACUUUGCACACAACAAUGAAUGCAGUCUGUGUUUCGAAACGGAACAAAAGGGGGUUUCUCACAAGAAAAACUAAAUGUCAUCAAAUACAAACUUGAACCAUUCGUCUCAAUUAAUGCUGCCUGAUUUCUUUUGUCACUGUGGGGUUAAAUAAAUAUGAUGUACAAUAGAAGAACUUCUACAACUACAUCCGAGCAAUAAUCUUGCCUAACAGAACACACAUGUUGAUAACAAGAAGUGUCUAUUUUUAGUAACAUAAUUUCUAAGGACUUAUAAUUUAUUUUGAACUGAAAUAAAGACAAUUGAUUGUUC